AUGGCCAACGAGGUUAACCUUGAAGACGUUUUAGCCGGCCAACAUCUUUCACCUUUCACUCUCGGCGAGUUUGAAGAGCAUUUAGUGCACGUUCAACACUCGGCAGAAAAUCUAUAUUUCUACUUUUGGCUUUCUGACUACACCAAGCAGUACCGAGAAUGGCAAGCCAGUUUGAGCGACCGCAAAAAAUCACUAACCCCAAUACCUGAUAAUCUCGCAACCCGGCCCUUGAAAGGUGGCAUUCGAGAGUCAUGGAAGCUUAAACGGAAAGGAGUUGCCCGGCUUGUGCCGCCGUUUGUUCGCAACGUCUUGGCUGCUAAAUCCCAGGGAGAGAUGGCACCGGGGCCUGGGGACCAGGUGCACGAGGUCCAACUUUCAUCAAUUCCUCAAGGCUUGCCCAACGCCCCAGUACCCGAAGAAUUACAAAAAUCUUUCGAAAGCCUUCAGUCAUUUGUCAUUCCACCACGCCAGUCAAAUCAAGCGCUCCAAGAUUUCGAACUUGAACUGAACAUUUCUCAACAAUUGAAAGACCAAUUUAAGGCUCAGGCCGACAACUCCAUGGAUCCCGACAUCUUUUCGCCAAUUAAGAAGGAGGUUAUGACUAUGUUGUCAGAUAGUAUGCGCAGUUGGCUGAUGGAUUGCUCUGGCAAUUCAGAUAAACAUCGAGCACGAUUGACCCUUUGUAUAGGAGUGUUUUGUGUAAGCUUAGCAGUAAUUGGAACCGUACUGCUAAUGACGAAAACAACCAGCGCCGAGAUCAGGUUGUGCCUAAGCCCACUUGUUUGGAUUGGACUGGAAAUAUUCUUUUGUGGUUUAUUUCGGACUUGCCCAUUGAUCUUCAUGUUUGGAUCAUUUCGACAAAUCCACGUCUGGGAACUUGGACGAGCCAAGGAAGCCGCCGCGGUAACCGAGAAGAACCUUUUGUCGAAACGUCAUGACUUUCUGGAAAAUCAAGGGAAGAUGAGCAGUGGAAGUGGCCACUCCUUGACUCCUUCCGAAUGCCAGCGAGGACUAGUGCCAUCGAGGUUUUGGGAUUCGGGUGUCAACUUCAGAUCCUCAAACGAAUUGAUUUUCUAUGGACCACCGCACGAUCGAAAUUUACCUCACGUCUCAAUAUCCAUGAGCCCUUCGAGAAACAACACCCCGAUAUUGAACCGAACGAGGUCUAAUACCCCAUCGGCCAUAUGCGCACGAAAACUCAAGCUCCGGAAGCAGUCACGACGCACCCGAUCCCACUCAUCCUCCGCUCCUAUAUUUGGUCCGUUAACCAAGGUUUUGAGCCCCGUGGCUAUAAGAUCACAUCGGCUCAGUAUUCUCAAGAGUAUGGUUUUAGCUACAAUAUUGACUGCCGCAUGGAUCGCGAUUUGCCUCCUGGUCCACACUGGACAUAUUCCUCAUCUCUCAAAGUUGUCGGCGAAAUUAAAAAAAGAAUGA